CCCCCCCCCCCCCCAUGGCAGUUCGCUCUAAUUUCGAUCUCGCCACCUGUGACCUUACACGUGAAGGCCGCUUGUUUCCGUUUAUCUUAGCAGCUCAUUUUGGGGGCGAGAUGAUAUUAAGCUUGGGCUAUUACCUAGUGGCCGAGACUUUUGCUCGUCAGCUGGGAAAGGGGAAGGAACCGAGUCUCGAUCACGUCGCUUAACACGGGGAACGUGCGUUAGAAAAUUUAUAACUGCGAUCUGGAGAAAAGCACUCAUUUAGAACCGAUCUCCCAAAUGUUCAUGACGGACAUCUUUUUUUAAAGUUUCAUCUCUUAUGUAUAUAUGUCCAGCACAUUUCUGUCUACUGCAGGAUCGCCGUUUCGAUCUCUCUCCCCCGAGUCAUGGGGUUACCCUUCAUUAUAUCGAGUACUGCCACAUCUGUCCGACAUUGUUCCCAGCCACCGAGGGCGAGGGGGGGAAAGGAAACAUUAAAUAGAAUAGCGGCGAUCUAGGUACUGAGAUGUAGCCUGAGCAGUCGUGCUGCCCGACGUUCAUUACCGACUCUUCUUCAUUAUACCCGCACGCGCGCGAUUACUUCUGCAUCCCAACGGUGUUUCUUGCGAUGAUCGCAAAUCAUCCCCCCCAAGAAGCGUUCCCC